AUGGCAAAGCGACAACUGUUGAUGCUGGGAAUUAGGGCGAGCUUUCACACUUUCGCCGCCGUGCUUGUGGCCGGAGUAAUAUUCACUGCCGUGUAUUUGUCCCGGAACGGUUUGCAAAACGAAAAUAUCCAAAGGGGCGGCGUUUCGAACGUCGAGGAGGACAACAAUGGCAGAGACUGUAAUUUGUUCGAAGGGAAAUGGGUAUUUGAUAACGAAUCAUAUCCACUUUAUAAAGAAGAAGAUUGCAAGUUCAUGUCUGAUCAGUUGGCUUGUGAGAAGUUUGGGAGAAAAGAUUUGAGUUACAAAUUCUGGAGGUGGCAACCUCACAAGUGCGAUCUCCCCAGGUUUAAUGGGACGAAGUUGCUGGAAAAGCUAAGAAAUAAGAGGAUGGUGUACGUAGGAGACUCCUUGAAUAGAGGCCAAUGGGUAUCAAUGGUUUGUAUGGUUAGUUCUGUCAUUACAAACCCAAAAUUGAUGUAUAUGCACAACAAUGGCUCUAACCUCAUCACCUUCAAAUCUCUCGAAUACAACGCAACAAUAGAAUUCUAUUGGGCUCCCUUGCUAGUAGAAUCCAAUUCGGACGACCCAACAAACCACAAGUUUCCCGAACGUAUAGUUCGAAUCCAAUCGAUAGAGAAACAUGCGAGGCAUUGGACGGAAUCCGAUAUCAUCGUCUUAAACUCUUAUUUAUGGUGGAGAAGGCCUCAUAUCAAGACAUUGUGGGGGUCGUUUGAGAAGGUAGAUGGAAUAUACAAAGAAGUGGAGAUGGUGAGAGUUUAUGAGAUGGCUUUGCAAACACUGUCUCAGUGGUUGGAAGUUCAUGUUAACUCCAAUAUCACCAAACUUUUCUUCAUGUCCAUGUCUCCCACCCAUGAAAGGGCUGAAGAAUGGGGAGGGAAAGUUAAUCAAAACUGUUACGGAGAAACUAGUCCAAUAUAUAAAGAACGAUACAAUGGAAGAGGGACAGAUCCAAAGAUGAUGAGAGUCGUAGAAAAUGUGUUUGACGAGCUAAAAACACGAGGAUUGAACGUACAUAUGAUAAAUAUUACGCAAUUAUCGGAGUAUAGAAAAGAAGGCCAUCCGUCGGUCUACAGAAAACAAUGGGAAGCAUUGAAGGAAGAUGAAAUCUUAAACCCAAGUAGUUAUUCAGAUUGUAUACAUUGGUGUUUGCCUGGAGUUCCUGAUGUUUGGAACCAACUUCUUUAUGCUUAUAUUGUUGACAACCACUCAACUUGA